UAUAUAUUCAUGUCUUAAUUAGAAGUAGCAAUGCUUCUAGAAUAAACUUUUUUUCUACUUUUGGCUCAUAUGCGUGGCCCACGGAAACAGCCUUGCAUGUUCUUCCAAGUCCAAGUGGGUGGGAAGACCGCUCGAUUUUUUCUUAUAUUGAAGAUCCAUCUUCCUUAGUAGAAACUGUCACUACUCACUACAUAUCAAAGUUUAAUUAGAAGAGAGCUGAGAUGAUACACGAUGGAGAUUUCUAAGGUGGUAGGGUAGGUAGGUUAAGCUUAUAAAGUUCAGAAGCUAACAAAUAUUGGAAGAAUUUAAAGACUGUUUCAAGUUUUGCUAUGAGUACGGAUUCCAUAAUGGAGGUCGAUGAAGAAGUUCAAUUGCAGUGGGCUGGAAUUGAGAGGCUUCCAACAUUAAAACGAAUUAGAACUUCAUUGUUUGAUAUUAAUCAUGGAAACGAAGAGGGAAAUGGUGGAAAACAAUCAUCGGAAGCCAAGAGGGUGACUGACGUUUCAAAGCUUGGAGCUGUUGAAAGGCAACUUUUCAUUGAGAAGCUUAUUAAGCACAUUGAGAAUGAUAAUCUCCGGUUGCUGCACAAAAUAAGGGAAAGGAUAGACAGAGUUGAUGUCAAACUACCGAUUGUUGAGGUCCGAUACAAGAAUCUGACCAUUGAAGCGGAGUGUGAGAUAGUUCAGGGGAAGCCUCUCCCAACGUUAUGGAACUCUCUUAUGAGCUCAUUAUCAAUUUUUACGAAGAUGACAGGGAUCAAGCCUCAAGAAGCCAAGAGGGUCAUUCUAAAUGAUGUCAGUGGCAUAAUCAAGCCGUCAAGACUUACUCUUCUACUUGGACCUCCAGGCUGUGGGAAGACCACAUUUUUGCUGGCUCUAGCAGGAAAACUAGACCAAUCCCUCAAGGCCACAGGUGGAAUCUCCUAUAACGGUUACAGUCUAAAUGAGUUUGUUCCUCAGAAAUCCUCAGCCUAUAUAAGCCAAUAUGACCUUCACAUUCCUCAGAUGACUGUGAGAGAAACAAUUGACUUUUCAGCUCACUGCCAGGGUGUUGGAAGCAGGGCAGAUAUAAUGAUGGAGGUUAUCAAAAGAGAAAAGGAAGCAGGCAUCGUCCCUGAUCCAGAUGUUGAUACCUACAUGAAGGCAAUUUCAGUUGAAGGACAGAGAAGAAAUCUACAAACAGAUUAUGUUUUAAAGAUCCUCGGUCUGGACAUCUGUGCGGAUAUCAUUGUGGGUAAUGCAAUGCGAAGAGGCAUAUCAGGUGGUCAGAGAAAAAGGUUAACAACAGGAGAGAUGAUUGUAGGCCCAACAAAAGCUCUUUUGAUGGAUGAAAUAUCAACUGGAUUGGAUAGCUCUACAACCUUUCAGAUUGUUACCUAUCUUCAGCAAUUGGUGCACAUCACCGAUGCAACAGUAGUGGUUUCACUUCUUCAGCCCGCACCUGAAACAUUUAAUUUAUUUGAUGACGUGCUACUAAUGGCAGAGGGAAAAAUUGUAUACCAUGGUCCUUGCAGCAAUGUGCUUCGCUUCUUCGAGGAUUGUGGUUUCCAGUGCCCUGAAAGAAAAGGUGUUGCAGACUUCCUUCAGGAGGUGAUCUCCAAGCAAGAUCAAGCACAAUACUGGCGUGAUGCUGACACUCCUUACAAUUAUGUUUCAGUGGAUCAAUUCUGUAAAAUGUUCAAAGAAACUUAUUUAGGAGAAAAAUUAGAAGAGGAGCUCUUAAAGCCAUUUGACAAAACACAAGAUCGAAAAAGGGCUUUAUCAUUCACCAAAUACUCUUUGAGUAAAUGGCAGUUAUUCAAGGCUUGCAUGGAUAGAGAGAUGCUUCUCAUGAAACGUAAUUCAUUUGUCUAUGUUUUCAAAACAGCACAGAUUGUCAUCACUGCAUUCAUUACAAUGACAGUAUUUAUACGUACUCAGAUGAAAGUGGACUUGAUAAGUGCAAACUAUUUGAUGGGUUCUAUGUACUAUACACUUGUCAGACUCAUGACUAAUGGCGUUGCAGAGCUGACCUGGACAGUCAUUAGACUGCCUAUUGUCUACAAACAAAGAGCAUUCUACAUGUAUCCUCCAUGGGCUUAUUCUAUCCCAGCCUCUAUCCUAAAGAUUCCUCUUUCACUAGCUGAUUCUGUGCUUUGGACAGCUAUAACUUACUAUGUUAUUGGCUAUAGUCCUGAAGUACAAAGGUUUUUUUGCCAGUUUCUUCUACUAUUUGCCCUGCAUCAAGCAUCAACAUCCAUGUGUCGCUUCAUUGCCUCAGUUUGCCGUACAAUGGUUGUUUCAACAACUGUUGGUUUUUUGGUGUUGCUACUGAUGUUUAUCUUUGGGGGUUUCAUUAUUCCACAACCUGCUUUACCACCUUGGUUGAGAUGGGGAUUCUGGCUUUUUCCCAUGACAUACGGGGAAAUAGGUAUAUCGCUGAAUGAAUUCCUUGCUCCACGCUGGCAAAAGGUCUCAGAGGGAAAUACAAGCGUAGGGACGGAUGUUCUAACCAGUCAUGGAUUGAAUUUUGAUGGUUACUUCUAUUGGAUAUCAUUUGGGGCAUUGCUUGGGUUCACAAUACUUUUUGAAUUUGGAUUUAUCCUAGCUUUAACUUACUUAAAACCUCCAAAGACAUCUCGAACUAUAAUAUCAAAGGAGAAGUUCUCUCAACUUCACAGAAGAGAACCUUGUAAGGUUACCACACGGGUAGACACAGGGUCAACUGCUGUUCCCCAAACUACAGCAGAAACAAAGAGGAUGGCCCUCCCAUUUCAGCCAUUAACUGUAGCAUUUAAGGAUGUGCGAUAUUUUGUGGAUACGCCUAUGGAAAUGAGAAAGCAUGGGUCUGAGAAGAAGCUUCAACUACUUCAUGAUAUCACAGGAGCAUUUAGGCCUGGGAUUCUUACAGCUCUGAUGGGAGUCAGUGGAGCUGGAAAAACAACUCUCAUGGAUGUUCUUUCUGGAAGGAAAACUGGUGGAACCAUUGAAGGAGAUAUAAGAAUAGGAGGGUAUCCCAAAGUUCAGAAAACGUUUGCAAGGAUAUCAGGAUACUGUGAGCAGAAUGACAUACACUCUCCCCAGAUUACUGUUGAAGAAUCUGUCAUUUUUUCAGCAUGGCUGCGGUUGCCUCCAGAGACUGAUCUGAAAAAAACAAGAAGAUUUGUAGAAGAAGUCAUUGAAACUAUCGAGCUUCAUGAUAUAAAAUAUUCCUUAGUUGGCAUACCUGGACAAAGUGGCUUGUCUACUGAACAGCGUAAAAGGCUAACAAUUGCAGUGGAGCUUGUUUCUAAUCCAUCAGUAAUAUUCAUGGAUGAGCCCACAUCAGGCUUAGAUGCCAGAGCAGCUUCUAUUGUGAUGCGUUCAGUAAAGAAUGUAGCCGACACAGGAAGGACAAUAGUUUGCACCAUCCACCAACCAAGCAUUGAUGUGUUUGAGGCAUUUGAUGAGUUGAUUCUAAUGAAAGCUGGAGGGAGGAUUAUUUAUUCUGGGAAGUUAGGUCAUCAUUCAAGCAAACUUAUAGAAUACUUUGAGGGGAUUCCUGGUGUCCCAAAGAUCAAAGAUAAUUAUAAUCCAGCUACAUGGAUGUUGGAAGUUACAUCUGCAUCAGUGGAAGCAGAACUCAAACUAGAUUUUGCCAGCAUUUAUAAGGAGUCACAUCUGUAUAAGGAAACCUUAGAAUUGGUGAUACAGUUAAGUGAACCUCAGCCAGGUUCAAGAGACUUGCACUUUCCCACCCGUUUUUCACAAGGUAGCUGGGUACAGUUUAAGGCUUGCCUAUGGAAACAACACUUAUCGUAUUGGAGAAGUCCCGAAUACAACCUGGCCCGUUUCAUAUUUAUGCUUGUUUCAUCCCUGUUGUUUGGGGUAGUCUUUUGGCAAAAAGCAAGAGAAAUCAACGUUGAACAGGAUUUAAUUAGCAUACUUGGAUCAAUAUACGUUGCUUUCAUAUUCUUGGGAGCAAACAAUUGUUCAACAGUUAUACCAUAUGUAGCAACUGAGCGCACUGUUUUAUACCGGGAAAAAUUUGCUGGAAUGUACUCUCAAUGGGCUUAUUCAUUUGCACAGGUGGCAAUCGAAAUACCUUAUGUAGCAUUGCAAGCAAUUCUGUACACUGUCAUUACAUAUCCAGCAGUAGGAUAUUAUUGGUCAGCAUACAAAGUUCUUUGUUACUUUUAUGCAUCAUUCUGCACAUUUCUAUAUUUCGUAUACCUCGGGAUGCUUAUAGUUUCCUUGAGCUCAAAUAUCGAGAUAGCCUCCAUAUUCUCGACUGCUGUCUACACCAUAUUGAAUCUUUUCUCAGGGUUCCUUAUGCCAGGACCGGAGAUACCCAAGUGGUGGAUUUGGUGCUAUUGGAUUUGCCCAACAUCUUGGUCCCUAAAUGGCGUACUGAGCUCACAGUAUGGAGACGUGGACAAAGAGGUAUCCAUAUUUGGGGAGCUCAAAACUGUUAAUUCUUUCCUAGAAGACUAUUAUGGUUAUCGUCAUGAUCGCUUAGGCCUUGUUGUCGUUGUUCUCGCCGCUUUUCCAGUUGCCUUUGCAUUACUUUUUGCCUACUGCGUAGGAAAACUAAAUUUUCAGAAGAGGUGACUUGGAACAAAACCGUAGAAAGGUAAGAUAUGUGGAUUGAAAUCAUGAAGCAUGACUGUAUAAUUUUACCAACUUGGGAUACUUAAUUUGAUCAAUUUCUAGGUUGAUUUCCAUAUGGUUGUUUUUCGUUUGGACUGUAGUUAGUUUGAUUCUUUUCUUUUUUUUUCUCCAACACAUGAAGACCCUUCUACAUUUGAGCCAGACGUCAAACAAAAUUUGAGCCAGCGGCCUAGAGGUAUCCUGUCAAGUCCUUUUUUUAUAACCUUAUCUGCAUUGACUCAGCCAUAUAUAUAGGACGGCUUAAUUGAAUUAAUACAUUCAGAUAUUGAAAGUGUGUGUUUCUGGCUCAAUUUCAAAAAUACGGAUACCAUCUUUCCAUCAUUUCAAUAUGACUUUUAUUACCGUAUAGGUUAAGUGUCACCGGUCGUUCGAUCUUUAAACCAAAAUCAUGCAUUCGUGUUGUACUAAAAUUACUCAGAAUUAGAAGUUAUUCUUUAUUGAGUCUCUUUUUUUAUGAAUAGCUCAUUUUUUAUUUUUUAAAUUGUAUACUCGUGAGUUUUUUUUAACUCGAAUUUUGUAAAAUCGCAUAUAACAUUUUCAAAUUCUGUAAAAUCGUAUACAGCAUCCAUCUUUAUUCACGAACAUUAAGGUCUCAAGUAUCAAUCGAUCUUACUUAUAAGGACGCAUAACCUCAAUUAUAAUGAU